UGUAGAUAGGUCGUCUGCUCACUUGCCUUAAUGGUGAUGCGAAAUCGAUAGCAAGGCUCAGUCAGCUCGUAAGCCUUGUUUCAAACGCGAUAUUGCUUAAGUUUUGCUGGAACAAAGUGCCUAGCUGAAAUUAUCACUUUGCAUUUACUUUCUCGCAUGUUUUAUCUCAAACUGACCCCAUACGUUAAGCAACUUCAAGCCUCCAAUCAUCAGUCUAGUUUUUAGGAAAGAAUCUACUAAAUACAAACAUCACAUAUAUAUCAGAAGAAAAAUUAUCCUGAUAGCAUUAAAGAGUAAAAGUAGUAACAAUAGUGUGUGUAACAUACACACACAUACCAGCUUAGCAAGUCAGACACUGUGAGAGAGUGAGGAGCAAGAGAAUACAAGAAGAAGAGGAAUUAGACAUGUAACCAGACUGAUACUGUCUUAGGUAUUUGAACGAUAGCGCAGGGAAAAUCGAUGGCCAUUAGCGCUCAUGGACGGCCUGGCGUUUAGGACGCGAAAUAGCCCCUCCCAAAAGACCUCACUCCGCUGGGGUGACUGCUGUCCCGUGAACUUCACGCCUUUGGUACGGCGCCCAGCGACCAGCAUUGCUAUAUUUAAUUCGCAGGGCUUCGUCAGAAUGCUCAGGAGUUUCCGGACCAUGAUACCUUUGCCUGUCUGAGGUUGUCCACCACUCUUACGUGACUGCGCUCCUAAGGGCAACAGCAGUCGGUAUCUUGCAGCCAACGUUUUUGCGGAAUUGACUUUCGAUGUUGUAGAUCUGGCAUUAUUUUUGAAGUCUAUGUUUCUCUUCCAAUCGCAUACAUGAAAAUUGACAAGGUUUUCGCAGUUUGAUAAGUUGAAAGAAGUUGCGAAUCUGUCAAACUUGUCUGAGUUCAGUGUGUUUAAAUUGGAAAUAAGGCCGGUUGAGCUUGAGUCAGCAUCAACAGAAGUAGCAACAGUAAUAAAAAUGAUAAAUGUAGCAGGGGUCGUCUCGAUUGUGCUGUUCUACUUGCUAAUUCUAGGUGUAGGAAUAUGGGCUGCAAGAAAAAAAGAAGCUGGCAAUGAUUCAGAAGAAGAGGUUAUGCUGGCCGGCCGCUCUAUUGGCCUCUUUGUAGGAAUUUUUACCAUGACAGCCACCUGGGUAGGCGGAGGUUAUAUCAACGGAACCGCCGAAGCAAUCUAUACGCGAGGCCUAGUUUGGUGUCAAGCUCCCUUCGGCUACUCACUUAGUUUAAUUUUUGGUGGUGUAUUUUUUGCAAACAAGAUGCGCCAACAAGGUUACAUAACUAUGCUGGAUCCUCUGCAGGAUGCAUUUGGUGAACGUAUGGGCGGACUACUUUUUCUACCAGCUCUAUGCGGUGAGGUAUUUUGGGCAGCUGGCAUUCUUGCAGCACUCGGUGCUACCCUUGCCGUAAUUAUCGAUAUGGACCAGGGUACAUCGGUAAUACUCAGUGCCUGUAUUGCCGUCUUCUAUACGCUUUUUGGCGGUCUUUAUUCAGUUGCCUACACCGACGUCAUUCAACUGUUCUGCAUCUUUAUUGGACUAUGGAUGUGUAUUCCUUUUUCUUGGGCACAUCCUAAAGUACUUCCUUUAAGUGGAAUGGAUGUAGACUGGAUUGGUAAAGUUGAUUCAAGCGAAUAUUGGUCUUAUCUGGAUAAUGGACUGUUAUUAAUUUUUGGAGGAAUUCCAUGGCAAGUAUAUUUUCAACGAGUUUUAUCCUCCAAAUCUGCAGGAAGAGCUCAAGUACUUAGUUAUGUAGCGGCUAUUGGUUGCAUUCUUAUGGCAAUUCCUCCUGUUCUUAUUGGAGCUAUCGCUAAAGCCACCCCGUGGAACGAAACAGGUUACAAGGGUCCUUAUCCAUUAACAGAAAAGGAGACAAGCAUGAUUUUACCAAUGGUUCUGCAGUACCUUACACCAGACUUCGUUUCAUUUUUUGGUCUGGGAGCCGUAUCAGCAGCUGUGAUGUCAUCAGCGGACAGCAGCAUCCUCUCGGCAAGCUCAAUGUUCGCCAGAAAUGUAUAUAAACUGAUAUUUCGCCAAAGGGCUUCGGAAAUGGAAAUAAUCUGGGUGAUGCGCACGGGCAUAGGGGUAGUAGGAGUUUUGAGCACAAUAAUGGCUCUAACCAUCCCCUCAAUUUACGGGUUAUGGUCUAUGUGCUCAGACCUUGUAUAUGUGAUCCUGUUCCCGCAGCUGUUGAUGGUCGUGCAUUUCAAACCCUACUGCAACACUUAUGGCAGCCUUUCAGCUUAUGUAAUAGCAUUUAUUGUACGCAUAAGUGGUGGUGAACCAAUAAUGGGCUUACCUGCCCUCAUUCACUAUCCCGGCUAUGACGAGAAAAAUGGAAUACAGAUGUUUCCUUUCCGAACUAUGGCCAUGCUCAUUUCUCUUGUCACUCUCAUUGGCGUUUCCUACGCUACACAGGUGCUCUUCCUGAGUGGCAGACUUGCUCCAGGCUAUGAUUACUUCCAUUGCGUUGUUAAUAUUCCUGAAGAUGUCGAACGGGUCGGCCCUGACCCAGCAGAGGGUGAACAAAUGGCAGUUCUGGCAGCUGGUGCCGGUAGGCUUUACGGCAGCAAGGACGAAUCAAACGGGCGAGUGAAUCCAGCACUCGAACCGGACUACGACAUGGAGCCAGAUUACUCAGCAGUACAGCCAGAGCAAGCGAUGCCGGUUGGCAGUAGAGAAGACUUUCUUACACAAAUUGGAGCACAACAACCUUCGGCCCUCAGUCAUACUCGCCAGGUCCACAACAGCACCGCUUUUUAAGCUCGCCUAAACAUCUUCUGACUCCGUGUUCGGAUGCUGUGACUAACAAUAACCGUGGCAACACGGCCACACUUUUCCAAUUCAUUUAACUACUUUAUUUGCAUCAAAGAAUUAGUUUUUCUAUUUUAACAUUUCUACGCUUUCUGAAAAAAAAAAGAUUUUUCUUUUAUUCCUUUAUUUUCCUGCAUUUUUUCAUUUUACUCGUGUGUCUUGGAUAAAAUUAAGAGAUAGUAGUUCAACAUAGUAAAAUAUUUUAAUUUUCUUUUUCAUUUUUCAAAGCCGUGUUGUCUCUUAGGUCUAGUAAAAAUUGUUUUUAUUUCAAAUUUAAAGUGAAACGUUUUAACUAUAACCAGUCUUAAAAUUUAUCAUUACAAAUUAAAAUAUAUAUUUUAUUUCAAUGGCGACCAUGCAAAAUGGUGGCCAUUGAAAUAAAAUAUAUAUUUCAAUGGCCACCAUUUUGCUGGCUAAAUCCAAUAUUUAUGGAAACUGAGUUAACACAAUUGAGUUCUUAUUGUUUCAGUACCGUUUUGAAAUGUAUCCAUAUACAACAAAAACAACAUUCGAUCUAAAUUUCUAAACUUACGAUACAUAGUCGGUUUUUGUAAACAUUUUGGUUAACCAAAUAACUUGACCUAAAGUUUGCUUGUGUAGUUAACAAAGUGAAUAUAUUGUUAUACUAUAAUAUAUUUUGAAAAUAUAAAAAAUUUAAAUAUUCUAAAAUCUAUAAAAAUCACCAUGUACCAUAAGAUUAGUAAAUUUCGUAAAAGUUUUUUCCGUGUAAUUGGACAAAUUUAACAAACAUUUUAAUGUGUCUGUUAUAAAGCAAUUGUUAUAAUAUCAUUAUAGAGUGCUAAACCGUGCUCUACUAUGUGUUUUUGUUAAAUAAUUUAGUCGAGUAAGCUAAAGAAAUUCUUAUAGAUGUGAAAUGGAGAAAAUUCAUGGUUCAUUAAUUCAAAAUAUACAGAUGAAUCAAAUAUGACUUCGAAAACAUUAAUUUAAACAAUGAUUCCGAAAAAAUUUGGAUAUACUGUUUAAAAGGAUCUCAAACAUACUUUAAACUAUACUACCAAAUUCACGAUGAAAUGUCUUUGCUGUAAACCGGUUUCGCUGGAGCACUACUAAGCUGCUUUCGUAAAAUAUUAGAUUCUAAAAAAUAAGUAACAAUUACGUAUUCUUCAAAUACCCGAAUCUUGUUUAAUAAGAAAUAUGAUUAUAUUCGGUUAUAGCACGCUUCAUUAUGCGAAGUAAAUUAAAACAUUUUUGACACUUUAUCCCCAAAGUACGUCUUUUCCACACGGUUGGCGAAAAACGACUGUUGAAAAUCGUAUUUUCCACACGUCGUAUCAAAAAAUACGGUACGACACAUGUUCAGGAAUGAGUUUCUCGUCUCCUAUGUUUUUUCACCCUCGCUUUGCUCGGGCGUAAAUGUUACACAAGACAGGAAUCUAGUUUCCCACACUUGUAUCGUAAUGUACUAUUAUAAUUUAUCAACUAUUUAGUAACAUAUCAUUUUAUAAUACACACAUACACACGUGAGUAUAUAUGAACUAACUUAAACAUAUGUGUGGAAGAUAUAUUUGUGUUUGAAGAUACGAGGUUUUUGAUGAGGUCAAAGUUUCGAUCAUCAAUUGAGUUGUGUGUUACUUAUUGUUUAUGUUUAUUUCCAAUUUUUAUAUUCUUCUCAUUAAUUUAUAAUCAGGAAUUCUAUAUUUUCACGUUUUACUCGCGUUAAAUAAUAAUAUUCUAUUGAAAAUAUAGUUUGUAAAUCUGGCUCCAUUUUAAACGCCGCUUGAAAUUCUCCGCAUAAGUUUCAUAUAAUUACAUUA